AUGGCUACGCAAAAUGAAACGCCUAUUGUAAGUCCAGCUCCCACAUAUUGCUCGGAGCUGGAAUACUUGAUUGCACUGCAAACGGAGGAGUUGGCUGGCUCGCAGCCGCGUCGCUCCCAGCGUUUGCGUGAAAGGAAGCAAACUGCCAAGGAAGAUUCCCUGUUGCUGACUGAUGCUACAGCUGGCGGCGGCUCACCUCAACUGUUUACUGCGACAGAUGACGAAUUCAGUCAGUUGGCUCAACUGCCUCCCAACCGUGUAAUCUCAUCAAAUAGCUUUAAGAAACGUGCUCCUGGCAAAACACCGACGCCUGACACGGAGAAUACCGAGGCGAAGAAGCGUCGCUCCCAGACCCCGACGAGAAGAAAACGAGGGCGUCCGAAAAAGCAGCCGAAAGCUAUUCAAAUGGCUACAACAACACAUUCUGAGCCACUGCCAGGUAAACUGCGUCUCCAGUCACAACUCGCUUUGGACUCCCAGCACAGUGCCCAGCUGCAGCUAUUGCCAGCUGAAUUGCCACCCAGCAGCCAAUCCAGAAGCUUUACUCCGUCGGGUAAUAGGCGUAGACGUAUUAAAAAAGAGCCUGAAGCUGUUCCCAUGCAACUAAAUAUGCCUUAUGAAACACAGAACAUCAAUUCCUACCUGCAGGAAUCCUCUUAUGCCGGUCCGGAGAAAGGCGAGUCCAAUUCGAAAAGGGUGAACAACGAAUUGCAACGUGUAAGCUGUGGAACACCUGCCAACGAAUCAGGUGAAAUGUCUCGUACGCCAAUUGCGGGCCGUGAAAUGUAUUCCCCGUCGCCACCAAAUGCAGAAUCUUUGGGCUCCAAGACGCCAUCGCUGAGUGAAUCGCUUGCCGAAGUGUUUGGCACCAAGAUACUACGAGAUGUACUAAAUAUUGCGACGCCACGGAUAUAUCGGCUGCACGAAGCUCAUCUGCCCGCUAUAGCAUUCAUGCUGGGCGUAGAGGUAGGACGGCUGCGCUCAGUCUUGGAGCUAACGCAGCGCCUUAGCCUGGAGCAACUGCAGCAAUUGGCCCAGGAGUCGCUCGAGUUGAUAAGCGUCAAUUCAUCCAGCGAGGAAGAGACUGACUUUGGCGCAGUCUAG